UUUUUUUUUUUUUUCCUUUUCUGUCUUUAGUGUUACGCGGCAAGCCUGAUGUGGCAUGAAGUCGACAGAUGCAUCUAUACGAAAAACGAAAAUCUCUUGUCUUGUUAACAUUUGUACUACUGUGUGAUUCCCGGCAUAUAAAAUACCACCAUGACCAUCAUGGCUGUUAAAAGUGUGAAUUAAUAUAAAUCCCUGCAUGAGCCGCGUGACCAUGUGCGUCCUUCACUCUCACUCUCACUCACUUUCUCUCUUGAAACAUAUGCCUGGCCCAUCCGGAAGACGACGGCAAGCUCUUCAAAUCCAAAACGGAAUGACAGCCGCCCAAAGAUGGCAGCAGCAUGUUCUAGAUUCUAGAUCUUUCUCCACCAACAAGGUGUCAACUAUACACAUACAACAAAUACACACAUGAAGUUUCCAGUCUUUUUCACUAACGCGGGAGUCGAACGUUUAGCUCCCGGAGACGCAAAAAAACAGGGUCCUGGCUUUGCCCGAAUAGGAAGCGCAGUGCAUAUCUUGCAUGAGGACCCUGGAUUGGGGUGGAGCGAGAACAUGCUCUACUCGGUAUCAGAAAAUGGCUUUACUUUGGUUGUGCCCCUUUGCUAUUGCUGAUACUACAACUAGUGAAUGAGCUGGUGGUCUGUUAGUGCAGCUUGAAUGAAACGGUGUUUACGGAGUAAAAUAGAGUAAAAGUAUCUAUAUAUCUACAUGUAGAUGGAGAGAGAGAAAACACGUGGGAGCAAAGGAGAUGAUAGAUAGGUAGGCAUGUAGUAUGUGCAGGUAGGGCUAUAAGAUGGUUUGUUUUACCGCAAGUUCGCCCAGCCCCAUAAUUCGUGCGUCCGGCAUCGCGAUGGAGCGAUAUGUCGUUUUUACGGUGGUGGCAGUAAGUAGUUUGGAAGGGCAAAAAAAAAAAGGAACAAGGGGGUUGGGUUGGGAUGGAUCGCUCAGCUGACUAUCUUAAAAUUUCCAAAUCUUUGAACCCCCUUCCCUUUUUUUUUUUUUUUUCAUCUCUUUCUCAUACUCCGUGACGAUGCUAGGCGGAUGGAGGAUGGGCUGCUGGAGUUUCCCUUUCCGGACGUGAGGAAUCCGCACAUACCGAUCGGGGGCUGUGGAUUUUUCUGGUGUUUGAACUUGGACCCUGGCUUUGUUUUUUUUUUUUAUAAGCGCCUCUGGUUUGUUAGUGGGAGAG